CAUGCGUGAAAACAGUGGCACGCAGGAGCAUUUGGGCUUCCUUGCAGUUUGGGCAGAAAAAGUGAUUCCGGUGAGCGCCUUCUAAGUCUGGUUCCUUCUUUCAGACCAUGCGCCCUCCGAGGAUUUGUGCGGUUUUACUCCUCACUGUGCUACAGCGAGCAUGGGGAGCGUCCUCUGGCCCCGUAGUGUUCACCAAAUCGGGAUACGUCAUGGGGAAAACGGAUAUCGUGUUCAACAGACCUGUCGAUGCAUUCCUCGGAGUCCCAUUCGCGGAACCUCCUCUUCGUGAACUGCGCUUCAAGACACCACAAGCAGUGAAGCCAUGGGAUGGAAUCUACAACGCCAAGGAGAAGCCAUUCCCGUGCCUCCAGCAUGACACUUUCGUCACAAAGUCAGUCACCAUCGAUGCUUCGAACUCCACGGAGGACUGUCUCUAUCUCAACUUGUGGACUCCGGCCUUACACUGCAACAACAUCGAGAGCUGUUCUUCAAAAAGCGUGAUGGUGUUCCUCUAUGGCGGGGGCUUCGAUACUGGAGGCAACAGUUAUUUCUUCUAUGACGGCGCUCAUUUGGCAGCACUUGGUGAUGUGCUCGUGGUUGUUCCAAACUACCGCCUCGGUAUUUUCGGGUUCAUGAACAUCGGCCACCCAGAUGCUCCUGGAAACAUGGGUCUUUAUGAUCAACUCCUGGCUCUCGAGUGGAUAAAGGAGAACAUAGUGUACUUCGGAGGGGAUCCCGAUUCAAUAACCCUGAUGGGCCAGAGUGCGGGUGCUAUGUCCAUCGGAUUCCACAUGGUAUCUCCGUUAAGCCGAGGCUUGUUCCACAGAGCUAUCCUAGAAAGCGGCAGCCCGUACUUGCUGCAACCAAGCAAUAUCAAGGCGGACAUCACCAGAGCUGAACAAUUGGCUUUUGAAGUGGGCUGCGCCAGUGAAAACACCACUUUGUUUUCUCAUCGUCACGAGGUGAUGGAGUGCAUGUCUUGGGUGAAUGGAUCAAUGAUCAUGGCUGCGAAUAAAAAUCUUAAUGAAGUUCACUCUGCGAGCUUCUUUCCGUCAUACGGAGACGAGUUUCUCCCAGAAGACCCCAGAGUUGCCAUUGAACGAGGAGAGUUUGCAGACAUUGAUUUAAUCAUCGGAACCAACCGGAACGAAGGAAGCCCAUUUGUCAACUACUUCCUAACAAAGUUUCUCAAGCAAGACGAUCCGGGGUCGAUAUCAAAAGACGAGGUCAGAUUUUAUCUUACCAUGCUCUUUAGAUACGUGCUGGGAAUUAGUUCGAAAGAAAUUCCCGAUCAUUACCUCAAGAAUAUCAAGGAUGGCGACGGUACCAAAGCCCUAACCAGGGCUGCAGACGCUAUCGGAGACUUCUUAUUCCAGUGCCCAGUGCAUUACUUCGCAGACAGAGUAGCUGCACGGAACAACACUGUGUAUGUGUAUCACUUCGAUCACCGACCGAGUUACAGCUGGUGGGAUGACUGGCUGGGUGUGGCCCACUUUGAUGAGCACUUCUUUGUGUUCGGAACGCUGUUUCAGAUGGCCGGUUACAGCACCGUAGAGGAACUAGACUUCAGUUCGAAACUAAUACGAGCUUGGACAACAUUUGCAAGAAAAGGGAGGCUCCCCAAGAUUCGAGGACGAAAAUGGCCGAAGUACAGCAAGCAAACUCCAGUCUUUGUGAACUUGAGUCGAGGAAACUUCAGUGUGGGAUUGAGUACCCGAGAAGAAAACUGUAGGGUCUGGGACGACAUUAUAACGGUUACUCCGAGUGAAUUCGACAGCUACGUGGAUACUGUAUAUUGAAUAAUUCGUUCUGUUAUGCAUCAUCGUGGGUGUUCCCAAACCUGACACGCUAGGAUACACAUGUUUGUGGCUAAGUAUCUAUCGUGCUACCAAUGAGGACGCAGCGCGACCACUGACUUCUAUCAUGUAGUCGACAGAAAAGUAAACAAAAAGAGCACACUGGCAAACCGGCAAUCACAAAGUUAUUACUGCGCCGUGAAGAACGCUGUAAUUCCGCCGCCACGCACAUGACGACAAGUACAGUGAGCCAUUAUUCCGGACGGUAACACACGGUGCGUAUUGGACAGCGUAAAACGCUCCGUGGAAACAGCGUUCUUUAGACGCAGAGCUCGAAAACACAGAGCGAACCACAUGGUCGCGUAAAUCUGUCCCGGCCGUGACGCCACUAACUUGGUGGCAAGGUAUAAGUUGCUUAUGUACGCCGUCUUCCAUGAGGGCCAUUAUAUACGGUUUGCCAUGCGCUGAGAUUCCGGCAUAACGUUCAGGUGGGCAUAUUUAAUCCCCAUACAGACCACUGUGACGUCGCUCAUGUCGAGGAAACGUCGAGGAUGCAGAGAAGGGAAAUACGUCUGUAUGUCGUUCUUAGUUUCUAUUAGCUCCUGAGUGUCCGCGUUCCCACUGCCGGGCGCCCGCUUACGUUGCUUGGAACUGCGGUCCGCGAACGGCAUGAGUGUCCACACUCAAGGCACCCGACGGUCACAGUAAUCUCGUGGUAUCUCGACGAGAGCGAGACUUGCGCCAUUUCCGCAUCCGUUCAAAUACAACAGCAAAAGCGGCGUGUACAACACGUGGUUAAUGUGGAGGUAAACAAAUGCCUCGUCUUCUUCUUCGCCCGAUUGGUUGGUUAUCACCCGUCCGCCGGUAUGAGUCGCGCAAGCAGCGACUGCUUGGACGGCGCCAGAGAACGGGCCUCAAAGUGACGUUUUUGCCGUUGUGGGCGCCGUUCCGGGCUCCCGCCCUGCAGUGGGAACGGGCCUUUAGGCGCUGCGUGAAAGCCAGGAUCAUCUUGACGCGCUGUCCCACGCACGGAAAACAAGUCGUAUGCGUGAAAUUUUACGCAUCCCGUGACACGCAGUGAAACACGCACUAUGUGGAUGAGCAUUACACGACCCAGUAACAACGAUGCGGGCAGUUAUAACAAGUGAGAUAAGUGAUGCAUAAACGACCGUAUUUGGUCGUGGUGGGCCGCUGUCCGACAUGAUGUCCCCCAUGGGGGAUAAUACAACAAAACAUUUCAUGAUGUGACGCACUGCAGCAAAACGACGCGGACGAGUGUUAGGAGGAACGAAGUGAACAGGACUACUACAGGCUCUCAACUGGUAACAACUACCCCGGAUUGUUCCUAUUGAACAAAACUUUUCUCUUUGUGGGAAAAAGACUAUUUCCGACAGCCCGUUAUUAACAUUUCUACGAGUGAUAUUUGCAUAGUUUGUGACUAUUGAAUAAAAUGCGGUUGU